AUGUCUUCGCGCACCAACCACAAUCAUUCUUCCAGCACAAUGCACCACCCAACAAGGCGUCGAGGACCUCGGAGUCACAACCACUUUAUCAAACCAGAUCCCGAUUCUUCUGUCAACAACUCUUACCCAGAAUCAGUAGCCUCCAAUUUUGGCGACCCUCCUGCUCCUUCAGCUGCGUCGAGCUACGGCGGUAGCACAAACCACAUUCCUCCUGACCAGGCGUUUUACAGGCAUGGUAGAUCGGAUGCUCCGACUCCAAGUGAACGCACCACUGAGCCUGAGCCUCUCCUUAGGGAACUAAGGAUGCGACCUAUCGCUGCGGCUGAGAGCCCAACCAGCAUCCCGGCUGAUGGAAGCUUCUUUCAAACUUCUUUCCAGGACAUCGGAAAGAAACUCAAAGCCUGCAACGAUACGCUGGGUGAACUCCAACAGCUGGGCGUAUCUCACGAUGUUCCACUCCCUGAACUCGUGCUCGUCGGCGAUCAGUCUGCCGGCAAAUCCAGUCUCAUGUCAGGUCUCGCCAACCUAGAGCUUCCACGAAGUGAGGGUACUUGCACACGCUGCCCCCUUCACAUCCGAGUCUCAAGAAGCCAUGACCCAUCUUGUCGGGUAUGGCUACGCAAGGAAUAUUCUUAUCGGCCCCCGCCUAGUGGUCGAAUCUCUGAGAGUGAUGUCACCAACAACGACCCCUUCUUCCCAUGGCGCAAGCAAUCGACUGUCAUCCAUGAGUUCAAGACCAUGGUUGAUCAUGGCGAAAUCGAGGAUGUUCUUCGUUGGGCGCAAAUUGCCAUUCUCAACGACGACAAGAGUCCCGAGCUGUUCGUUCCAGGCUCUGGCUCCAUCGCUGUCAACACUCCCAUCGAAGCGGCAUCUGAAACUGUUGCGGCCAAGUUUUCGCCCAAUAUUGUUGCUCUUGAAAUCAAGGGACCUGAGCUCCCUGACCUGUCCUUCUACGACAUGCCCGGGAUUUUCCAGAACCCUGCCGAUGCGAGUGACGAUUAUUUGGUCAGUGUUGUGAGAAAUCUGUCCAGGGAGUACAUUCAACACCCCUCUGCCAUCAUCAUGUGUUCUAUGCCUAUGAAUAGCGACGCCGAAAACUCAUCAACCUUUGGUUUAGUUCGCAGACUGGGUGCUCUUAACCGAACAAUCGGUGUAUUAACAAAGGCCGACCUGAUCCCAGAGGGUGGCAACCAUGAACAGUGGCUCGCCAUCAUGAGAGGACAGGCUCACAUCACUGGCUUAGGCUACUUUAUAACUUCCCGGCCUCAAGGGAAAGACCUGGAUGAACUCAAACAAUGGGAAGAGGUAGUUUUCGUUGAACACUCUAUGGAGCGAUGGCCUGCCACCUUUCACGACUUCUCCGAUCGCUGUGGAGUUGAGAAGUUAAAAGCAUUCUUAUCCGAAAAGCUCGGUCAAGAAUUCGCAAAAAGUCUACCUCGAAUUAAGCAAACACUCAAGCAACACCUAAGUAACAUUGUCGAACAACUUAGCAAGCUGCCAGAGUUGCCUUCCAAUGUCGAGCUGGAAGUCCAGACCAGCGUGAUGGAGUUUGGUGAAUUAGCCCGAUCACAGUUGAAGCCUUCCGAAUUCUCGAAGUACUUCGUGCCGCUACCUGAAAACUUUCGUGACUGUCUUCUAGACAUGAAACCAAAGUUUACACUCAAAGAUAGUAGUGACAUACCUGUCGUCGACAUCUCUGACGAUGAGUCAGAUACAGGAUCGGUAGUCACAGUCACAAAUCCCAAUACGCCCAGCAAACGACGAGCUAUGGCACCUCCUAUCACACCUUCAAAACGUAUGCGUAUGGAACAGGCUCCUGCAGGCACCCCCUCCCGUCCGCAGCUGAAGCCUGAGGAUAGUAGGGCCAGUGCAGGUUCCGUCUCCCCAGCCCCGCGCCGGCAAGGAUUCCCACCCCCUUUUACACCUUUCAGUAAUGUUGGGAGAGGGUUCAGAACACUUCGCCAAGUGCGAGAUGAGAUCAAGGCCAAAACUAGAGCUGGUGUUCCAGACAUUAUCACAGAAGAGGUAUACAACGACAUGUGUCGUGAAGCAAUCGAGCCUUGGUCAGGGCCAAUGAAAGCGUUCCUCGAGCAUGUUAUGAGUCUGCUGCACACUAUGCUUGAGAAAGCCCUUGCUGCAUCGUUUGCCCGGCUAAACAAACGAUUGAUUUAUCAGGAGUGUCAAAAGAUUUUAGCAGACUAUCUCGAAGACCGCCGCCGCGAGACUAUUGGGGCUCUUGACGUUGUUUAUCGGCUAGAAACAUAUGGCCUGUUUACUGUCAACCAGGAAGCUUUCCGCAGAUACCAGAAGGACGAGCAAAUCUUGCUGACGAGAUACCGCCACCAAAUGCGCAUGCAGGCUGCGGGUUAUGGAGAUGGUCGACCUCCUGUUCCCUGGGAGAGUCUCACGGAGGAGAAGCGGGUGCUUGAUGAGAAGCGACGCGAAAACGAAUUGAUCAAGCUUGGACCUGAUUCCUUCGAGCGAGAGCUGGAGGUUGUAGCUUACGUUAGAGGGUACUACCGCCUUGCAGCGUUGAGGUUCGCGGACGCGAUAGCGUUACAUAUCACAAAUGGUAUGAUACCGCAUAUACAGCGGCAACUUCCUUAUCAUCUCGACCGAAAACUUGGUCUUUGUGGGGCUGACUCCCAGAGUGUCUACGAGAGGCUUAUGGAGGAAGACCCGAACACAGCAGCAAAGCGAGGUGUGCUUAGGGGAGAACGCGAAAAGUUCGCCAGGGCACUGGACAGCAUCGAAGAGUUGGAACGCGGAGCUGGAAGCAGCACUAUUUCGGAAGAGGACCUUGACGACCACAACAUGGCUGAUCUCCCCCUUAUGAGCGGUGCUCUUGAUCCAGCCGAGGAGGUCUGA